AUGGGUUUGCCAAGAACUAGUGUUUGUCAUUUCUUCACCGUGAUUGCACUUGUGGGUUUUUGUUUAAAUGCAGCGUACGGAAAAAUCACCAGUGUUUAUGUUCGAGCCGAUGUUAAAGCCGUUGAUAUGCCUCUUGAUGCUGAUGUUUUCCGGGUUCCUCCCGGCUACAAUGCUCCCCAACAGGUUCAUAUAACUCAAGGAGAUCAUGAUGGAAAAGCAGUGAUUGUGUCUUGGGUUACUACGGAACAUCGUGGUUCAAGUGAAGUGAUAUACUGGAAAGAGCACAGCAGAAAACAUUACAAAGCCAAAGGAGAAGUCACCACUUAUAAGUACUAUACUUACUCCUCUGGCUUCAUCCAUCACACUACCCUUAAAAAUUUGGAGUAUAACACCAAAUACUAUUACCAAGUUGGUAUCGGCCAUACAAUCCGGACUUUCUGGUUCAUUACCCCUCCUCCGGUUGGAGAUUUUCCAUACACUUUUGGCCUUAUAGGGGAUUUGGGACAGAGUUUUGACUCCAAUAACACACUAACUCAUUAUGAACAAAAUCCAAGCAAAGGACAGACUGUGCUGUUUGUUGGAGAUCUCUCAUAUGCUGAUAAUUAUCCUAAUCAUGACAAUGUGAGAUGGGAUACAUGGGGCAGGUUUGUUGAGAGAAGUGUUGCGUAUCAACCUUGGAUUUGGACUGCAGGAAAUCAUGAGAUUGAUUUUGCUCCUGAAAUUGGUGAAGGAGAACCAUUCAAGCCCUUCACUCAUCGGUAUCCUACUCCAUAUAAGGCAUCGAACAGUACUGCUCCCUUUUGGUAUUCAAUCAAGAGGGGUCCAGCAUAUAUCAUUGUCCUGGCUUCAUAUUCUGCUUAUGGCAAAUAUACUCCACAGUACAAAUGGCUUGAGGAGGAGCUGCCGAAAGUUAACAGGAGCGAAACUCCUUGGCUGAUUGUUCUUAUGCAUUCCCCAUGGUACAACAGCUACAAUUAUCACUAUAUGGAGGGAGAAACUAUGCGAGUAAUGUAUGAGCCGUGGUUUGUCAAGUAUAAAGUAGACCUUGUCUUUGCCGGUCAUGUCCAUGCUUAUGAACGAUCGGAACGCGUAUCAAAUAUUGCAUACAACAUUGUAAAUGGUCUUUGCCAACCUAUUAGUGAUCAGUCUGCGCCAGUAUACAUAACCAUUGGUGAUGGAGGAAACCUUGAAGGCCUGGCUACCAACAUGACACAGCCACAGCCCCAUUAUUCAGCUUUCCGUGAGGCUAGUUUUGGUCAUGCGACUUUGGAAAUAAAGAACCGAACACAUGCUAGAUAUGGAUGGCAUCGCAAUCAAGAUGGAUUUGCUUUUGAAGCUGAUUCAAUGUGGUUUCAUAACCGAGUUUGGUACCCAGUUGAGGAUUCUGCAGUCAGCAAAUCAUGA